AUCUUUGAAUACAACCUUAUGUCAGAGUACUCAAGUGACAUCUCGUGGUAAAUUAUCGCUACAGACUUUUCCCCUAAACGAUCCUGUCGCCGGUAGUCCGUAAAGUUAAAGUGAUGUCAAUAUUUGCAUUGUGACAUAAAUAAACAUACAGACUAUACAUUCAGAAGAUUCAUUGUGUAUACGUUUCGUCCACUAUAGCACUAUGGAUGGUUACGGUUACUUUUUCGACAUCAGAAUAUGAUACUGCAAAGCAAUGAGCAAUGUUUCUGUUUCCUCAUACAGCUUCUCAAGUAACUGUUCCAUAUUGAUGCCGUGAAUUAGAUUUCAUGAGUUUAAGCUGCGCGUUGAAUUAAAUUCGACAUAUGCCAGCCAGCACGGAAUAGUCGUUGACGCCAGAGCACAUAGUCGAUUUGUAUGUUUUGGCAACGCUGAUGCCCAAAACCACCCUAUGUCGUCGGCAGUUAGCAAUAGGGAGAGAGAGAUGGUCGUUAUGGCAGGGUUGGAUGACCACGAAAAGAAGAUAGUAAUAGAAUUUUGUCAUUUAUUAGAAAAAUCCAAACAACUGUUUAACGGCCUUAGAGAUUUACCCCAGUAUGGUCAUAAACAAUGGCAGGCAUACUUUGGAAGAACAUUUGACAUUUAUACAAAGCUGUGGAAAUUCCAACAACAGCAUAGGCAAAUUUUAGAUACAAAAUAUGGUUUAAAAAGAUGGCAAAUAGGGGAAAUUGCUUCCAAAAUAGGACAAUUAUAUUAUCAUUAUUAUUUACGUACCAGUGAAACAAAUUACUUGAAUGAAGCAUAUUCAUUUUAUGCAGCAAUAAGAGGUAGAGCUUAUUACUCAAGAGCUUCUAAGGAAGAUAGGUCUGAUUUGAUGGUAAAGAAGCUAAGGUAUUAUGCACGAUUUAUUGUGGUUUGUCUCUUGCUCAAAAAGAUGAAAUUAGUGAGAGAUUUGGUAAUGGAAUUAGACAAACAAAUUAUAGAUUACACAAGCACCUACGAACCUGAUGAUCAGUUAGAGUGGUCUCUUGUCUUAGAAGAAAUAAAGUCAUUUAUUAAAGCUGAUGGUGUUGUCAGUGUUUUGCAUGCAGAUUCAAAUACCAUUGUGCUUUCCCACAGACUCAGUCCAUUAACAACUCCGCCCGUUGAGAAGUCUCCCAUUAUGAACCUCACUCUUCAAGAAAUACUCAUAAUUGGCAACUGCAAUGAUCAGGUAAAAUUUAGUGAACUGACAAUGGAUAUGUUUCGAAUGGUGCAAACCCUUGAAAGAGAACCUCAGGAUGAAUACAACCAUAUUUAUGAUGCAUCUCCUGCUCCAGUGCGGGCUUCCAUUGAAAAGAACUAUGGUAUUGGAGGAAGUAAAGGUCCAUACCAGUUAGUAUGCCAAGAGAAUGGGGAUCGACCUAUGAAACGUGAAAAUCCUCACAAAUAUUUGUUGUACAAACCAACUUUCAGUCAAAUUAUGGUGUUUCUUUCAUCAGGGUUUAAAGAGCUACCACCAAAUGGAGCACUGCUGCUGUACAUUUCUGCAGAUGGAUGCUUCUCAUCAGUUAAACAUCCAGAGGACAUGGGUUAUGACUUAGGAGGAGUUAUGACCAACAGCAAGAAGGAAGUGGAUCACCCCAAUAAAAAGGCAAUUCAGUUAAAAGAUAUGCACUGCUUGUAUCCUGGUGACCUCUAUCCUUUCACAAGAAAGCCGCUGUUUGUAAUUGUGGAUUCGGACAACAGUUUUGUGUUUCAACAUAUCCCACGCUACUUUGGACAGCCUCUUGUAGUGUUGAUGUCACCUCAGGACCUGCCACCAGUCUUUCAGGAUCAUCAGCACAAUGGAAGUCUCUUCACACUUUUCCUUCACAGUCCACUGACAGCCUUCUGUUUCAUUUGCAACAUUCUGAAUAUUCCUAUACACUUAUGGGAAAGAUGCCAGUCAUAUAUUGACAGAUUUGUAACAGAAGCAAGUAGACUGUUUACUCGCUGCAGAAUUGAUUCUGCGUAUUUACAGUUCUUUGGAGAUGAUUUCUUACGAUUGCUACUACUGCGGUACAUUUUCUGUGAUGUAGUGCUUCAUCUACACAGAUCUUUUAAGGGGAGGCAGUUAAGGCCUCGUAGCCAGCCACCUUUGCCUGAUGGUGAUUUACUUGAUCACCCUGCAUUACAUCAUCUAGUUUUGGACCUAGCAUCUCAUUUGGAAGUUCGAUCGCACUUCGUAGAAAGUGAUGAAGUAGACUGAUCGCCGGCCCCCAUUGCUGUGACCCAAGAUUCCAGCAUUGUCACUGCUACAGCUGAUAAAAGUGUCAUCACCAUCUUCAUCUGCCACUAUAUCCUCAUCAGCUAACGCCCAUAUUUUCACUCUGCCGAUGAUCAAUUGGUAAAGGGUGAAUGGGAAAUGUUAAUUCAGUUCCAGAGAAAUCAUCCUUUUCAUAGCUUUAAGAAAAAAUAAUAUAUAAAAGUUGACCUUGGUGAUGAGUUUGUUGAUAUUUGUUAAAAGUAAUCAAAAGUUACCGAGCUUUGCAAGUUGCAUAGAGAUAUAGCUCUCGCUGGAGGACAUCCACUGACUCACAGGAGUUGUACUAGACGCUUUGCUUUGAGGGCAAGUGGGCUCAGUCAAAUAGGUUAUCCCAAUGAAGCACUGCCAUAACUGGGAAGUUGGGAUUUCCAAGAGGCUGUGAGACUAACUGAGCCCAUGCACCACAUGUAUUGCAGUGAUACUAGUCAAAUUUACAAAAUGCGUGGAAGGUGAGUAUGACAUUUGUGCCGAAAAUCUGUAUGUGAAUUGUUUCUUAUGUUGUAUACAUAGUCCAGUUCGAUUUAGGGGUGUGUUGGUAGUUUGAGAGCAAGUGAUUCACUAUUAAAUUGAGUUAAGCCUUUUUUAAGACUGAGGAAUGUUUCACAAGGAGUGGAUGUUAACGCUGUACAAUAUUAUUUUGCUAAAGACGUUAAUGUAAAAUUGAGAACACUUAUACAACUACAUGUAUAUAUUUUGUAUUGUUAGAAUAGUAAUGUUUAACUUCUUCAGGAACUGUCAAAGUUUUGAAGAACUGUUAAACAAUUUCCAGCACACCCCAACAUGUAAAUACUGUAUUUAAAGAGACAGUAUUGUUGAGUUUUUGGGAACAAAUUUUUGUGGCCCUCUGUGGCUUUUGUAACACUUAUCUUCCACAUUGGGCUGCUCAUUCCUGCAGAUAUUGUUUUUGAAUGAAUAUUUACUCUAUCCUCAAAGAUUUCUCUGGUUUUAUAAUUCAGGGAUUAGUGUAAAAAUGCAAUAACCAUUUCAUACACAUAUGUAGAUGAUUUUAUCUUAGUCUGUUCACCAUCAGUAAUUAACUUUCCUUUCUAUGUUUUUAUCAUUGUAAAAUUGUAAUUCAAUAAACUGUUGCUUUUCUGUGUUGGAGAAAUAGAAUUUAACUUUCUGUGAGCACUGUAAUCCUGAGUCUGUUAUAUGAUUAUAUUCUUCAGUUCUUUCAUAUUUUGUGUCAUCUUUUAGUUUUGACUGUGAAUAAAAUACACAUUGAGGAUCAGCUGGAGAAGCUGGCAGAUAGAGAACUACACACAGUAUGUUGCAGAAGCUAAAUGUUAAUUUGUUAGAGGUUGGUCUCAUAUCAGUUUCUGCUUAGACCAAAGUACCUAUACAAAUGCCUUGUGCAUGUGCAAUAUUUUGGUAUUCAUACAUGCUACAUUCGUGAAGAUAAUUCUGUUACUGUUUCAAAGGGAUUUAAUUUUAUAAUCACCAUUCAGUAUUAUCCUACAUCUAGUACACACACACACACACACACACACACACACACACACACACACACACACACACACUGUAUUUAUAAUGCCUAAAAUGUGUAGUUAUGAGGUUCAGCAGCAUUUUGUUGCCGUUUUAUUUUACAUUGUUAUGUCUGCCACAUCACUUUCAAAUUGAAUUUUCUUUUCUUUGUUUAGUAGUCACUUUAUUUGGAGAAAUCCAAAUUUCUGUGUACUGUGCUAUUUGGAUCUGUAGUGGUCAGUAUGACAAUUCAAAGAAUCAUUUUAGGCUAGAAACAUUUUCUCAUAAGAUACCUAGCAGAUCUAUAAGAAUUGCUUUGCAUGUGAUUCUGUUUUCAGUUUACCUCAGCUACUGUAGUUAAAAAGUUUGCACAAAAGAAAUUUUCUCUCUCUUUCAGACAUGACAAACAUAAUAGUAAAUAAAUCACAGUAGUAGUAUUUUGUAGCGUAGGUGAAAAGGUUUGUACCGUGAACACCACCAACAUAACACCAGUUUUUAUAAUGAAGGCACUGGCCUUUUCCUCCUUCCAUAAUGUGCCUCCGUUAUUUAUGUACGUGCCGUCUAAAUAAAAAUAUUGUGAAAGAUGGGAAAGAUUAGCAUUCCCAGUAACUCUGUAGUGUUUUGAAUACAUAAGAGAAAAAAUUGUCAGAUUGUUACAUACUUCAGGAGAUAAAAUGCUUUUCAAAUUGAAAAUAACACACAAUAUAGAUACAAUUUCUAUUAAUAUAUACUGUAAUACAGCUGCUAUGUGCUGUUUGAUCUUUCUUAAUUAGAUUUCAACAUAUCAUUUUUUGUAUCAUAACUGACUGACACCAUUAUGUGCUUAAGAGGUUUCAAUAAUCAUUGCAACAUAUUAAAUCAAAUAUUUAGCAGAUACAUUUGAAAAAUACAGACACUAUAUAACAACAAUAAAUCAUCCUUGUAUUAACAGUAAUGUUCCUUGCAGUAUAUGUUGCUGGAGGAAAAUCUCGCUGAAUGUAGAUAUAAUGCACAACUUUGACUAAUUGCGGAGUUAGAUCUUAGAGAUUCCACAGCACCAAAUUUCAGUUAAUUUACUGAAUUCCUAGAAACUGAAUUUAUUAAAAGCAAGUAAAGAUACAAGCAUCUUGUUAUUUUGGAGACUUAUUUUUAUAAGAUGUAAAACCUAGACACAUCUUGUAUCUAGGUAAUAUAAUAUUGUAUGAAUAAGUGACACUGUGGAAAAAAAUACUAAUAUAACUGUUCAAUAUGUGAUGAUUUCCUGAAUGUCAUCUAGUACUACUAACAUGCAUUGAAACUUGUUAAUAUCUCAUAUGUGGACCAUGUGCCUUUUCAAAGUGCUUUUCCUCAUAAUUUGUAAGCUAUUGUUUCUGGUGCUUUUUCAUGCAAAGAGAAGUUCAGCUUAAUGGUCCAUUGUAUGUUGCUGCAGCUUCUCUCCUGUCAGCGUGUGUCCUGCUUUUGACAUUUUCCGUUAAGAGAAAGUUGCCCUAAAUAACGGGAAUAUAUAAGAGAUUCAUUUGUCUUUCUAUAAAAUAGUACAAAUGUCUGAAACUCUCCAAAUAAAGUGACAUACGUUACUUUUUGAAAAUUGCAUACCUGAACGUAACACAAAUCAGAAGGUUCUUUAAAAGUAGUAAUAUACUCUAAGCAGUAAAGUUUGUUUUAUUGUAGUUACAAAAUAGUCAGAUAUUUAUUGUGUAACUAUUUUGUCAUGUCAGCGUGUUUAUUUUGCCUUCCUUACAAAUUGUAAACUGAAGUGUACAAAUAAUUGUUGUGCAAAAAUAGUAUGAAAUAUCUCCAAACAGAAUAAAUAACAAUUUAACAUGAAAUUUGUUAGUAUAUGUAUGCAUAUUUACUAGCUAGUUUUCAUCCAUUAUGUGUAUGCAUUUACUGGUGGUCUUAGUUUCACCAGAUUUUCAGUAUUUUGUGGGAAGGUACUGUUUGUUAUGCAUUUCCUUGCAGCUGAAACGGUGCCAAAGAAGUGGGACCCAUUGCUCUGUGUGUGUGUGUGUGUGUGUGUGUGUGUGUGUGUGUGUGUGUGUUUAAAAUUAGGUCAUUUCCUUGGCAGCUCUUCAGGUGGCUAGUCUGGUACAAUAAUAGUGCCAUGUGCAUCUGAUGACUAAGUGUUUUUGGUGUUGUGAUGCACAAAAUACUGUACCACAGAACCUUAACUGAUAAUGGAAGCAAAAUAGUGAUUCAGCUCUGAAACUGUUUGAUACAAAUAGCUCAACAUCUCAUUAGUGUAGCUAUGGGUUUAAAAUAGUUGUACUUGAAACUGUUUAGUGGAGAGGUUAGUUAAACAGGUGAUUUCCUGAAAUAAUCUGCAUCAGCAAGUUAGCUAUUCUGGAGAAGCACUCAGCACACGGUAGCAGACUUUGGUCAUGGCAGUCAGUAGGCCAGGUGAGGUUAGCUACUGAAAGCCUUCUAACAACUGGUCUCUCUGUUCACCGUCCCUUUAUACAUAGCAGUUUAUUUUUAGUUAUUCUUAUUUGCCUCUCAGAAACACACAAAUAGAAUGAGGGUAGUUCAGGUCAUUAACCCUAUUGGGCAAGUGGACAGGUGUUGCAGUUUUUCUUUUUUAUUCAUAAUGUUGCAUGUUUUAUUAAGUAAUAAAAUAAAAUAUAUUUGAAAGAUGUUUAACUGCUAGUUGGCUUGUAUUAAGUCAUAUGUAAAUGACUGAUAAUUCAGUGCUUCUUAUUUACUGGACUGAAACUGUAUUAAAUGGAACAUUUGCUGAGGAACUAUCACUUUGUUCUGACUUUUUGCUGAGUCUUGUAGCUUGCACAUUUUAUCCAUGGGGAAAACAAAAUUGCUUAGGGUGUGUGUUUCUCUUCUUGUUAAACCUGUCUGCAGCAACAGAAUCUACAGAAUAUAACUUGUUAUUUUGUGAACAUUGUGUAAUAUAAGUAACAUAGAGAUUUUCUGGAGUAAAUCACAGUACAAAUGACAUUGAUGGUGAUUCAGAUUUGACCUGUGGAAACUCAUUGAAAUGUGUUUCAUUGUUUUAACUGUUACUGGUUAUUUGUCAACAAUUAUUUAUUUCUGUGUUUUUCUUUGUCAUUCCAACAUGUUUGCAAUUAACAUUUACAUUUUUAUGUAGGAAGAACAGUAAUGUGUGGAAGUCACACAUGAUGUUGAAAAUCUCAGCUAAUUUUGAAAUGUUUUUAUAACAAGAGAGAGCUUAUAAUAGACCUUAAUGCAAAACUCUUUUCCAUAAGCAAAACUGAACAGUAGACAUGAUGCUGAUAGGUACCUAAAAUUUCAUUUAUUUGUUUUGAUAACAAGUUGUUACAAAUACACACACACCGUAUUACACUAUUUCAUGGCACUUUGCAGGAAAAGUAUUUGAUGAGGGGAGGGUGUCAUUUACAUCAUGGCAUAAAUUGCUCCUCUUAAAGUAUUUAAGUGGAAAGGGAAUGUAGCAACUCAUUGAUAAAUAGUGAAAAUUGACAUCAUUUCUUCCUUUUGUGACUACUGAACACUUUGGGUUGGCUAUCAUUGCCUUUAUCAUUGUUCGUGUGCAUUCCAACAAACAGAAGAAAGUCAACAAAUAUAGGUGUCAUAGCAUAGAAAGUUUAAUGUGAAUAUCGACUUUGCAUACAUAGAUUAUGGGCCAUACAUUGGGCUUCCAGCUGAUAUAUACUCCACAAGAAAGAGCAAAAAUAAGAAUUCAAUAACAAAAAAAAUACACAGCUUGUUGCAGUUAUUUGCAUAAAAUACUUUGUACUUUUUGAAGUUACAUAUUAUGUAUAGUAAGACUUUACUGACAGCCGGCUGUGUUGGCCGAGCAGUUCUAGUUGCUUCAGUCCAGAACAACGCGGCCGCUAUGGUCGCAUGUUCAAAUCCUGCCUCGGGCAUGGAUGUAUGUGAUGUCCUUAGGCUAAUUAGGUUUAAGUAGUUCUAAGUCUAGGGGAUUGAUGACCUAAGAAGUUAAAUCCCAUAGUGCUUAGAACCAUUUGAACCAUCUUUACUGACACAUAACAAUGAGACCAUCUCGGAGCUAAUGCCUAUUCUUAUACAAUCGUGUAAGUGUACUAUGAACUGAUUACCUCAUGGAGAAUUAGUGAUGACAUAACUAAAAUGCAUUUCUAUGGAAAACAUAUCUUCAUACUCUUAGUACUUACAUGUUAUUGAUUUGUCAUUGCUGCUGCUGCUGCUGCUGUUGCUUCUGCUGCUACUACUACUAAUGAUGAUGAUGAUGAUGGUUAUUAGUAUUAUUAUUGUUUUUAUUUUGAAUAGCCUGGUGAAUAAUUGUCGACAUAACACAAUAUUAGCAUUUGAGAUAAAUUCUUCUUAAUCAUAUUUUGUUGCCUGCAGUUAAAACACACACUCUUCCAGAGCAGGAGAAGAUAGUAAUCAUUUCUGAAUUCAGUACUUUGGCGUAAGUCUGUGUGAAAUUUGCAGCUCCAUGAAUGUAGUAUGCUAAUGAUGUGACUCCUGCAGACCAUUAAAAAUAGUGUAUAAUGUUAAAAAUUGUUAAUCUCAGAACACCAAUAAAUAUAUGAGUAUGCAAUGUA